AUGCAUUUCUUCAAACUUUUCCUCCCUUCCGCCUUGGCGUUGCCGCUUCUGGAUUCCGUGCUCGAUCCUAUCACUAGUAGUAUCUGGACCACCCUGGAUGGCCUCGUUCAGACGUCUCUCGGAAGUCUCGCCGGUACACUCAAGGCAGAGCAAGCCUAUGACAUAGUGGUAGUCGGAGGCGGCACUGCGGGUAACACUAUCGCAUACCGUCUGGCUCAGGCCGGCUACACUGUCGCCGUUGUCGAGGCUGGGCUCUCAUAUGAAGUCGGCAAGCCGAUUGUUGGUCCAGCACCACUUGGCGAUAUCAUUGGUGUGGGCUCCAACCCAGCGGACAGCAUCCCGACCGUGGACUAUGGCCUCCAAACUAUACCACAAGCUGGCGCAGGAGGCCGCAGGAUGCAUUACGCUCAAGGAAAAUGUCUCGGCGGCUCCUCAGCUCUGAACUUCAUGAUUCAUCACCGGCCGAACAGGGGCGCUUUGGAUGCGUGGGCGGAAGCGGUAAAUGACGAAAGUUAUUCUUUUGACCGAUUUCUUCCAUACUUCCAGAAAAGCUUCACCUUUACUCCGCCCAACGCCGAUGCCAGGCUUGCCAAUGCAACAACAGCGUACGUCGAGAGCGACUUCAACCCGUCCUCAAGCUCAUCCAUACAUGUCACCUAUCCCAACUGGACGCCUGUCUGGUCGACGUGGGCAGCCAAAGGCCUUGAGGCUCUCGGAAUGAAUUUGACAGACCGGUUCAAUCAAGGAAUUUUGAACGGGUACCACUACGCGCAGACGACUAUUUAUCCCGGUUCACAGACUCGAUCCACCUCGGCUGAUUUUAUUCACGCGGCGAAGAAUGCGAACAUGGCUGAUAAGCUCACGGUCUAUCUGGGCACUCGGGUCAACAAGGUGCUUUUCGAUGACGAUAAGAAAGCCACAGGCGUCGAGGUCAGUGGGGAUGGACUCACAAAAUACACCAUCAGCGCGAACAAGGAGGUCAUUCUUUCGGCUGGUGCUGUGCAUUCGCCGCAGUUGCUGAUGCUAUCCGGCAUCGGCCCUGCUGAGCACUUGUCCAAAAACGGCAUUGAAGUGCUUGCGGACCGCCCAGGCGUCGGACAGAAUAUGACCGACCACGCCCUGUUUGGCCCAACGUACGAAGUGAUCUUUGACACUCUUACCAAUGUCAUAGGCAACCCCGUAGCUCUGUCAAAAGCAAUACUCGACUACUCACUCAAGCAAACCGGCCCCCUUACCAGCAAUGUCGCCGAGUUUCUGGCUUGGGAACGAAUGCCCAGCAGCGCUAAUCUGAGUCGGUCAACAUGGGACCAGCUCCACGCGCUUCCUGAAGACUGGCCCCAUAUUGAAUACUUCCCUGCAGCAGGCCACAUCGGGCCCUUCGAUAUCCCCUGGAUACAGCAGCCAAAGGAUGGAAAAAAGUACGCUUCUAUUAUUGCUGCGUUGGCAGCACCCCUGUCUAGAGGCAACAUAUCGCUUGCAAGCAGCUCUCCAGGGGAUCAACCCCUUGUCAAUCCAAACUGGCUCACGCACCCAGGAGACGUUGAGGUUGCGGUGGCCAUGUACAAACGCAUCCGGGAGAUAUUCAAGACAGAAGCGGUCCGGAGCAUUCGCGCAAGCGAAACUGAAUAUUGGCCAGGCUUGAAUGUGGAAACCGAUGAACAAAUCCUGGCCAAUAUUCGGACGAGCGUCAUGUCAGUUAUGCAUGCAUCUUGUACUGCGCGUAUGGGGCGCCGGGAUGACCCUACAGCUGUGACAGAUAGCUUAGCUAAAGUGAUCGGGGUUGAGAGACUGCGAGUUGUAGAUGCUAGCUCGCUAGCUUUACUGCCCCCAGGACAUCCUCAGGCGUUGAUUUAUGCUCUGGCGGAGAAGAUCGCAGAUGACAUCAUUAGAGAUUUGAGGACCAAUUCGGACUAG